CGUAUUCUGCGAAACGGUUAUGCAGGACUGUACGAUACGGAUAUCGGUUUCUAUUAGGAGCAAAUGCCAAAACCGAUAUUCGUUUUGUAAGCUACGGAUUUUUUUUAGAGAGUAGACUGGAACUAUUAUCGUUUCUCUCUUACAAACGAACUCAACAGACGCGCAUCAUGCUUUUUUCGUGCUGACGUUGAUACAAAAUGCCAGAUUCUAUUGGGUUGAAUUCAAAGAACAGCUGAUCAAUGUAUUCCUCAUAAAGAAAUAAAAAUAAACGCCAGGGAUCAACCUUGGUUCACGAAUUCACUGCGUGAUCUCUAUAAGAAGAAAAAUAAAUUUUAUUGUUUAUAUAAGAAAAACGCAUCUAUACAAACAAUACAGCGUUAUAAAAAUGCACAAAAACAAUUUGAUCAAGCAUGUCUGAAAGCAAAGAAAGAUCACAUUGAUCGAUCGUAUAAAUCAUGUAAGCUGCGCAACCAAACAUUUAUCCCGUCUGGAUAUCAACCCUCGCAUAGUCAAUCGUCUAUAUGGAUCGCACCGCAACCAGUAUAUGUCAGACACCAUCCACCACCUGCCCCGCACCCAUCAUCAUUUAUCCGAUAUAUUCAAACACCGAUCCCACAGCAACCAACAUAUAUCAGGCCUCACCCAGUAUAUCAACGUUCCCACAGAAGACCAAAAUCCGCAGAUCCGUGGGAAACUAAAGAACACCGUCAGAGAUCCGUUUCUCCAAGUCGGCAGAAAACUGCCGCACAUGCAGAUAAUCCCCACGAAACCAUCACUUAUCACAGAAAGUUUGCAUUAGUUAUCGGCAAUAAGGACUAUCUGAUGUGUCCACGAGGAUAUGAACUUAGAGCUCCAGUCGACAAUGCCAAAGCCAUCAGAGAAAAAUUAGAAGAAAAGCAUAAAUUUUGUCAGCAACAGGGAUCUGGUGAUAACACGAAAACCAAAAAAGGAAGAAAGGAAGGAGGAGCUAAACAUUUCGGACGAGAAAGCACCGAUGUUAUUUCGCGUGGAAUAGAAGAAUUGAAUGUUUUUGGCGACGAACGAUACCACAACCAAUCUUCAGAAGAUGACCCCGAUGAUGAUGAAGCCGAACUUUCUUCUUCGCCGGCUCAUGGUCGUUUAACUGUCUUCAAUGACGACGGUACUGUAACGGUGAAAGAAUAUUGUCAUGAAGAAACUCAGCAUCAAUUGAAAAAUUCCUCCUCUAGUGACGAACAACACGAAGGUGGUACAGCUAAUUAUGGGAGCUGGGAGGCUCUGGAGCGAUCUCACAGCACUUCGAGCAUGUAG